ACAGGAGGAGGAGGAUUAGGAGGAUGGUGGUGGACCAGACUUUUGUUCGGAGUUAGAGUUUGUAGCUAAUUUAGGGUUAAAAUUUAGCGGAAGAACAAACUAUAGAGAAAGAGCACGCGCGCCCCAGAGAGAGAGAGAGAGGGAGAGAGAGAGAGAGAGAGAUGCUAAGGUGAAGAGUGCGCAUCUGGGCUCUGUCAGAAAGUGACAGCUGUGUCGAGCUGACUCUCCACACCACAGUCUAAAUGUGGUCACCGUCAACCAGCGAUUAAAACUGGAGCUUGUUUUGUUCUGUUUUUGUUUUUGUUUUUGUUUUUGGGGCUGUUUCCGGCGGUCUCGCGCUCAAACCUUUUGAUUCAGUUUGUCUUAUUAAUUCUAUUUAGGCUUAUUCUUUCUUAUCAGAGCUGGAUGGAUUCGGGAAUCAGUUAGUACACGUGUCUUCUUUUUUAAAUAUAUAAAUAAAUUAAUUACAAAAAAAAAAAAAAAAACACUUUAAAAAAAUUCAUCGAGAAAGAUCUCGCUAAUCCUGUCGCGAGCGCGCUCUUUAAUCGCCGUGGCAACCGCUUUGCGCCGGAACUCGGUGACAUUUCCCUGUCGCGCGACAACUCCCGUGCGUGCGUGCGUCUCUCUCUCUCUCUCUCUCUCCUCUCUCUUUCUUUCUCUUUCUCUUCCUUCCUCAGCGAUUUAACGCUGUUUUUUUCGCCAGCAUGAGCUCCAUUAACCUCAUACAUCCUCCCCUUGUUGGCUUGCCGUGAAGGAAGUGCACUUAAAGCACCAGGUGUCGGGAGAUUUCGUCUCUUUCCGUCUUUGUCGUUCUUCUCGUCCGAAUGUCAAAAUGCCUGUUCGGCGAGGACACGUCGCUCUCCAGAACACCUAUCUGGACACCAUCAUCCGCAAAUUCGACGGUCAAAACCGAAAGUUCCUGAUUGCCAAUGCCCAGAUGAAGAACUGUGGCAUCAUCUACUGCAAUGAGGGCUUCUGCCAGAUGUUCGGCUUCUCGCGGGCCGAGAUCAUGCAGCAGCCGUGCACGUGUCAUUUCCUGGCAGGACCAGGCACCAUGAAGAGCGCUCUGGCUCAGCUGGCCCAGGCUCUGCUCGGCUCCGAGGAGCGCAAGGUGGAGAUCCUCUACUACUCCAAAGAAGGGACAUGUCGGCCAUGUUUGAUAGAUGUGAUUCCAGUGAAGAACGAGGAAGGUGUGGUCAUAAUGUUCAUCUUGAACUUCGAGGAACUGCUUGAGCCUGCGUUAAAAAUGGGCUUCAGGCAGCGAGUCGCCCAGGGCUGGAUACGUUCAGCUCAGAAACGUAAACUGAGGCUGAGAAUGCCGUCUUUACGAGUCACGCGGCAACCCGCUUACCCCAAAGACCCGUUUGAAGGAGUUGUUGUGGACUAUCUACAGCCACCUGGUAAGGAUGUGGCUCUAAAGGGUUUCCCUGGGCCAUGUAAAGAGAGCUCACUGCAGUGUGAGACGCAGGCUCUGAUCCAUCAGGAGCACUCGUUCACCUCCCCUUCCUCCAGCCUGGAGCCCGGCGGCCCCCAGGCUCCCCACACACACUCGCGCACACACUCCCGAGAGAGUGUACACAGCCUGCGGCGUGCCUCCUCGCUGCAUGACAUCGACGCCAUCAGGGACCAGUGCAGCGAUGCCUUGAAGCCCAAUAAUGUGAACUCCACAUCGGAUUCGGAUCUGAUGCGGCAUCGUGCCAUUGGUCGGAUCCCCCAGGUCACGCUGUCAUUCGGGGCGGAGCGGGUCAGACCUCCCUCACCCACCGAGAUCGAGAUCAUUGCCCCCAGCAAGAUUAAAGACCGGACGCAGAACGUCUCCGAGAAGGUCACCCAGGUCACCCAGCACAGCGCUGAAAGAACACAGCAGGCAUACGCAGCAAAGAGCAAAUGUGAACUUUUUACCAUUUCUACACAUGCCCUUGGCAACAUGGUGCUGUCUCUGGGAGCCGAUGUGCUGCCCGAGUACAAGCUGCAGGCGCCGCGCAUCCACAAGUGGACGAUCCUGCACUACAGCCCGUUCAAGGCCGUAUGGGACUGGCUGAUCCUGCUGCUCGUGCUCUACACAGCCGUGUUCACGCCGUACAGCGCCGCCUUCUUGCUCAGCGAGCACCAGGACGAAGGCCGAGCCGACUGCGGCUACACCUGCAACCCGCUCAACGUGGUGGACCUGGUGGUGGACGUCAUGUUCAUCAUCGACAUCAUCAUCAACUUCAGGACGACCUACGUGAACCGCAAUGACGAGGUGGUCAGCCACCCGGGCCGUAUCGCGCAGCACUACUUCAAGGGCUGGUUCCUGAUCGACAUUGUAGCAGCUAUCCCCUUCGACCUGCUCAUCUUCAGAUCGGGCCCAGACGAGCCCCAAACCACCACUCUGAUUGGCCUGCUGAAGACAGCACGGCUGCUGCGUUUGGUACGCGUGGCGCGGAAGCUGGACCGUUACUCGGAAUACGGCGCGGCCGUCCUCUUCCUGCUCAUGUGCACCUUCGCACUCAUUGCCCACUGGCUGGCCUGCAUCUGGUACGCCAUCGGCAACGUGGAGCGCACGGGCUCUGCUCGUGGUGGUACCUUGAGGAUUGGCUGGCUCGACAACCUUGCCGAGCAGAUCGGCAAACACUAUAACGACAGUGACGCCUUAUCCGGACCCAGCAUCAAGGACAAGUACGUCACCGCUCUGUAUUUCACCUUCAGCAGCCUGACCAGCGUCGGCUUCGGCAACGUCUCACCAAACACCAACCCUGAGAAGAUCUUCUCCAUCUGCGUCAUGCUCAUCGGCUCUCUGAUGUAUGCCAGCAUCUUCGGCAACGUGUCAGCUAUAAUCCAGCGUCUGUACUCGGGCACAGCUCGCUACCACACACAGAUGCUGAGGGUGAAGGAGUUCAUCCGCUUCCACCAGAUUCCUGGAGGCCUGAGGCAGAGGCUGGAGGAGUACUUCCAACACGCCUGGUCCUACACCAACGGCAUUGACAUGAACGCGGUGCUGAAGGGUUUCCCUGAGUGUCUGCAGGCUGACAUCUGUCUGCAUCUGAACCGCACUCUGCUGCAGAACUGUAAGGCGUUCCGCGGGGCGAGUAAGGGCUGUUUACGAGCUCUGGCCAUGCGCUUUAAAACCACACACGCUCCACCGGGAGACACACUGGUGCACAGUGGAGACGUGCUCACUGCUCUCUACUUCAUCUCCCGCGGCUCCAUCGAGAUCCUUCGAGACGAUGUGGUCGUGGCCAUCUUGGGUAAGAACGACAUCUUCGGCGAGCCCAUCAGUCUGUACGGGAGGCCUGGGAAAUCGAGCGCUGAUGUCAGGGCUCUGACCUACUGCGACCUGCACAAGAUCCUGAGGGACGAUCUGCUCGAGGUGCUCGACAUGUACCCUGAUUUUUCCGACAGCUUCUGGACCAACCUGGAGAUCACCUUCAACCUCCGAGAUGCAGACAGAAUUAUACAGCCAAACCCCAGCGAGGAGUCAGACUGCGGCUACAGACGACCACAACACAGGAGAAACUCUCUCCAUCGCAACAGACCGGAUGGCACGGAUAGAGAAGAGUCUUAUCCAGACCACUCGUGCGGCUCCGUGGGGAACCACAGGGGGAUGCUGUUGCACUCACACUGGGACGAGCUGUGCAACAGCAUGAGCGCUGCCUCUUUGUCCAGUGAGGAUGAGAUCAAACACUCGGGGCCUGGACGGGGAGACGGGUACCCUCCAGAAGUGAAGGAAUACGUCCCCACUGUGGUCAACCUCCUGCCCCCCACCACCGGAGAACGGGGAGCUCAUCCCUAUUCAGGGCUGUACGGCUGCUGGUCCGAGCGCGGGCCGAGUCAGUACCCCGAGAGUCCGAGGCACUCGUCGACAUCAGCACGCGCCUGCUAUCAUCAUCACCAGCGCGGUGCGAAUGCCGAGGAGAGACCGAGCGAUCUUCAUUCCCGCCUUGAACUGCUGCAGUCCCAGCUGAACCGACUGGAGACACGGAUGACGGCUGACAUUAACGUGAUCCUGCAGCUGCUCCAGCGACAGAUGGCUCAAGUGCCACCUGCUUACAGCUCUGUGUCUCCAGCCCCCGGGGUCCAUCACACCGCUCCUCCACCUGACCUGUAUGGGGCUCCGAUUUUCCACCAAACAACACCUACCACUCCUACUGUACACAUCAAAGAGCCAGCACACACCUCCAACAACAAUUGUCCUGAGUCGGACAGCCCUAACUCAGAGUCUCGCGCGUCCCUGUCCAGCGGCGUCCACCUCACCAUAGCCACAGACGACACCACGUCCAUGUCUCCGGAGACAGAGACCAAACCGUCUGUCCCUGCAGAUCUCAACAUCCCUGAAAACCUCCAUCCUCACCUCAGCCUGCGUUUCCCCUCCCUCCCUGAGCACCUGGAGAGCCCGAGCAGCCUGGAGGACACAUCACAGAUCCAGAGGCACCUGUCCGACCCUGGGCUCCCGGGCAGCUAGAGUCCGGAGCCGGCUGCACUCUCUUCUCAUCUCCCGCCUGGGCCACGUGUGUCCAACAUUAGCUCUACUGCAGGACAGAUCGGACAGGACAGAGCUGCAGUCCUCCUGCUCCACCUCCUCCUUCUCAUCCUGCUCCUUUUCUUUACUUCUCAGAUCAUCUGGAGACUGUGAGCUUCAAACGAACUGUAAGCUGCUACUCAUGGACACGGGUUAAUCCGCGUCAAGUGGAGAGGGCCCGGUACAAGUUCCAGACAAACACACUCACUCAAAUACAAAGAUCACGUGUGUAUCCCAGAUUGUACGUAGAACAAAGCACAAAUCGAACACUGCACAGGUUUCGCUCUGCAGUGCGAAGGAAGUGGUAGUGCUAUUUAUUAGCAUAGCACCAAUCUGGAGCUGAGUAUUGGGGUCACGGAAAGAUAGGACAUACAAGACAGUGUCUACAUUUAGGAAACUUUCUUCUCACUGGGGUGAUGGCUAAUUCUAAUUAACCACCUGAUACCAUUUACGAAGGCUGCUUGUGAUUGUUUUAUGACUGUUUUAUGACUGCAGCGCUGUUUAAUGAGGUAAAUCUGUUGGGCUCAAAUAUGACUUAAACAUCAGUGGCUAAAGAGAGACAGCGUAUUCCAACAGCGAGUUUUCUUUAAAACACUAUUUAUUAAACCAUUUGGUGAACAUCUAGCCUGUCCACUUACUUUAUUAUGAAUUUAUUGUCAAAUCAAAAAAGGAAUAAUGAAAUUAAACUAGGAUUAUUCAGCAUUUCACAGGUUCCAAAUAAGUACAUUAAGUUAAUCUCAGCAGCCAAAAGUGAACGUAGGAAGCGUUGUUGCAAAGCGCACGUGAAACAGGAAGACGUGUGAAAAAUUCGUUCCAUUCUCUGUGAGAUACUAAAGGAAACCUCCACCCUGAAACGCAUUAAAUAAGUUUAUAUCGAAAUGUUUGUGAUGUGCUCAGUGGUUCUCGUGCAAAUUGUUUUGGCAGAUGCUUCUUUUCUCACUCACCAUUUUCCAGCGACGUUCAACGUCAUAUUAAUGAGAAAUCCAGUGCAGGAGUAGUGUAGACGUCAGAGCAAGCGCUGGAUUCAAAGUCCCAGAAUGCAAUGCAGCUAUACGAUGGCAGAGAGUCGUCUCGGCAUUGACGGUGGUAUUAGCAUGAAAGUUGAAGCUUUGGAAGUUUGAGCAGAGUGUGUGGAUGAGCAGGUGAGAGAGCUGGACAGACUGAGGCACUAAAGUGCCGCUGCAUCGCUCUCUUUAGGUAGAGAUGAAACUGGGCUAAAUCCAAGUACACCACUAUCAGCAGGUGGUCGAAUGGCAUUGUGGGUAAUGUAGGAAAAGUGUUAACCUAAGUGAAAAUAGACCAAUGAAAGAAGAUUAAACUAAUAAAGUCAAUGUAGAAUUUCAUUAUUAAACAACAGUGGCUUAGACAGCGUUGAAGAUCACAUGUUGAUUAUAAAGUCAUCCAGGGUGGAAUCUUCCUUUAAAACAAAGCUCCCAUUUACACGCUAAUAUCUUUGCACUUGUAGUGAAUAGACUGCAACUUUUUCACAGUUCUGAACUGAUAACUUCGCUAGUCGGUUCCUCACACUCAGCAUUUAUCAGUGUGAAAACAGAUCUGUGUAAAUAUGUCCGAGCGCAAUUCUGGUUCUCUUCUUAAUCUGGGAAAAAAAAGCUCUUCGUCACCAUCACGGGUUCGUACGACCAAAUAUUAUGCGUUUACAGUUGGGUAACAAAAGUAUAAUUGUUCACUAUUUUUGGUUUAAAGCAGGAGAGAGCUUGCUAGCUUAUUCUCCUAAAUGUCUCUGAGGAGUUGUGGGAUGAAACAAGAUUUUCUGAUGUUCUGGCUGUCACGUAAUUCAGAGCGAAACCUCUUGGGUGUGAGUAGUAAAAAUGAAAGACAGUGUGGUGGUGUAGGAGUUCAUGCAGAAGUUCAUGCAGUGACGUAUUUAAUGACGGAAUUAAUUCAUGAGGGUGUGGUUGUGGUGGUGGGUGGGGGUGGGGGGUGUGUGUGUGUGGAGGCAGCUAUAAAUAACCACAGUAAAAUUGAUUAAGUGUGACACACUCAAGCAUUUUGGGUGGAUGUCAGACAGUAGCAGGAGCGGUGAUGGCACAGAUUUGUUACUUUCUAAUCAUUUAAGACAUGAUCUACGGUCAACCAAUCCUGCCAUAAUGUGAUUCAACAAACAAAAUGGGAUUAAACAAAAUAAUCGGAUCUAUGCAGUAGUUAAAUAUGGAAUCACAAUGACGUUUUAUGGAAGUCAUUACACCACAGUUGAGCUGAAAAACAUAUAUGACAUUGAUUAACAAUUUGUGCAGCAAUUGUGCAACGGUCAAAAAUGUUAUACAUACGCUAUAUGGCCAAAAGUAUGUGGACACCUGACCAUCACACCCAUAUGUGGUUCUUCCCCAAACUGUUACCACAAAGUUGGAAGCAAAAAUUGUGUAGAAUGUCUUUGUAUGCUGUAGCUUGUAAGAUUUCCCUUCACUGGAACUAAGAGGCCCAAACCUGUUCCAGCAUGACAAUGCCUCUGUGCACAAAGUGAGCUCCAUGAAGACAUGGUGUGUGAAGGUUGGAGUGGAAGAAGUCGAGUGUCCUGCACAGAGCCCUGACCUCAACCCCACUGAACACCUUUGGGAUGAACUGGAACACCGACUGAACCCCAGACCUCCUCACCAACAUCAGCGCCUGAUCUCACUAAUGCUCUUGUAGCUGAAUGAACACAAAUCCCCACAGCCACGCUCCAACAUCUAGUGGAAAGCUUCCCAGAAGAGUGGAGGAUAUUACAACAGGAAAGUGGGAAUAAAUCUGGAAUGGGAUUUUCAGCAAGCGCAUGUGAAUAUGAUGGUCAGGUGUCCACAUACUUUUGGCCAUGUAGUGAAUAAUGAGCUGUGAUUUACAGGACUGUGCAAAAGUCUGGACAGAAAUGCUGAAAUGUCUUCACAACUAAUGAAAUUAUACAGUUUCUAGAUAAAAAAAAUCUACUUUCAAGAGCAGUAAACAGUAAUUAAAGUCCAUAUCUGGCAUGAGGACGCCAUCUUUAGAAAUGCAUCAGUUGUGUCAGUUUCACUUUGUGCAGUUUUAUAAGGAAAUUGGUGAGCUGGUGAGCGUCUUGGAGAAUCUGACACGGUUCUUCCGGAGACUUUCGCUGUCGUACUUGCUUCUGUUUUUGAAAGUUAAAUCUGACAGACUUCAUUAUGGUUUUUUUUUAAUGAAAAGUGGUUCUAUUAUGUAAUGUUUUACUCUCUUUACUGACAUACAAACAUUUUUUAAAAUUUUUUUUAACUGAGGCAGUAACACAUCUAAGGAAAAAUUUGUAUUUAAAAUACAAUUAUGUGUCUAUGACUUAUGCACAGAACUGUAUGUGUCUUAUGUUUGCCAUCCACGAAAUUAUGAAAUAUUCUAAUAUGAAUAUGAAAAUAUUUCAAAUCCGGUUUCACCCCCAGACCCCCCCCAUAGCUACGCCUCUGGGUUUAUGUGUUGUGAUGUCAGGUUUUAAUCCUGAAACCUAUCCAGGCUAAAAUCGAGUGUUUAUACGAGUGUGACGAGCGAGCAUCCUGCUGUUUGUUUCUCUAGUGAUUUGUUUCUCUCGAGCUCAGUUAACAUACAGCGGUUUCCAAACUCAAGGGUUUUUUUUUUUUUUUUUUUUGGGAGUCAGGAAGUGCUUUAACUGUAAAAUAAAUUCCACACACUCUCUCAGUCCACUUUUAUUUUCUGAACAUGACUACUUAACCACUGAAAUAUUAAGCACAUGAUUAUUAUCCUGGCUAUUUAUUGAAGCUUUUUUAUUUCUGAACUUGAACACAUUAUUAGGUCCAAGUUGACAUUAUUUAUAGACCGACAUCUUUUGAGUUAUUGAGGUUCGGAUUGAACCCACUGAAUUCAAAUGAGCAGUUAAAUCAGUUUUGAACCAUAAGAACUCAGCGCACUGUUUCGUCUAAAACAGUGUCAUCUCUGUUUUUCCUCUUAGAUUUGUCUUCAGUAUGUAGUGUGCCUUUUUUUUUUUUUUUAAACAAUUUCACACAAGUUUUGCAUAAAGCAUAACAGAACUGAGAAAUAUGAAUAGAGAUUAAUCUACUGUAUAUUUUAACACACAAUUCAAUUCACAGAAAAUCCACCAUCGUACUUUCACACAACAGACUUUAAUGUCCGAGUUUAACAUUUUGCUUUACGAGCAAACCUCCAUAUGACCACAAGGACGUGUGUGUUUAAUAGUUGCUACCUGGGCUUUUUGGUGCUUUUCACCAAAAAACUUUUACAAGCACAAAACGUAAGAUCGUUGACGCAACUGAUGAUUUAAGCUGAAUUCAAAACACACUGUAUUAUUAGCAGCUCAGUUUUCAUAUCUUCUACGUAGUUUAGAAGUUACAGGCUGAUGAGGUCUGAUUGCACAAAUAUAAAUAGCACUUUUAUUUUAUUUUAUUUUAUUUCAUUUUAUUCUAUUUUAUUUUAUGUUAUAUGUUCGGACACCCGUCCUUACCUCCAAGCAUUUUUUUUUUUUUUUACUUUAGCUCCUGUAAAUUAUUUCGAGUUCUUCAGAUGAUUUGAGGGAUUCGGAAUUUGUUAAGAAACACAAGGAGAGCUUCUCUCUCUCUGGAAGCUUCAGCUAACAGGCUUUUAGACUGAGUGAGUCAUGGAGCAGUUAUCACUAUUGUAGAAAUUUUAUGUUUAUCCAGUUCUAGAAGCUGUUUGUGCUCUCGCGUCUCAUCUCCAGAUCGCCGAGUUUCUAGAGAUCGUCCCUGAGAACGCAGACCCUCCAGAAGGUCUCUGUAUCCCGUCUCAGACCCACUGUACGUUUUUUUUUUUUUUUCCCCUGACCAGAAAUUGACACUGUAAGAAAAUAUCUUGGGCAUUUUUGAACUGUAUGUAUCUCAUGUAUCAGUUACUGAACAACACAAAUGUAUUUUCAGUGUAUGGACUCAUAAUUUUUCAGUUGUCUUCUGAUUAUAUUAGAGAGAAUUAAGCAUUAAGUGACCGGACACAUCAUUCAUGACUGAUUCAGUGAACAAAGAAUCGAAUUGAUAAAGACUGUGGUUUAGUUAAAAACAUGCCAAAGUGUGUGUAUGUGUACACAUCAGGAGAGGUUUGCGUGCUCUUGUAUACUCUAAAGUGUCACAGUGUAUUUGAAAUGUAAUAUGUGUGUGUGUGUGUGUGUGUGUGUGAGAGAGAGAGACAGGAGAGAGAGAGAGAGAGAGUGAGAGAAAGAAAAGAUUACACUGUUAAUGUUAUUGAAAGAUGGACCUGUGAAGGAUGCGCGUGUACGUCAGAUUGAGCUGAAAACCUUUACUGGACUGUUAAAGGUUUACAAAAAGCACAAACUGCUGUUUUUUAGAUUAAAGAUUAUUUAUAACA